AUGUGGAUGAUUUCAGAGUUGCAGAAGGUCGGCGUCGGUUUAGCUGCUGCUGGCUCUAUUUUUCUGAUCCUGGGUGUCUUGACCUUCUUUGAUUCUGCCCUGCUGGCAUUUGGAAACGUCCUCUUCGUCGCCGGCGUCCUCCUCAUCAUCGGCCACAAAAAAGCCCUCGGCUUCUUCUUCCGCCCACAAAAAGUCCGCGGCGCGAUAUGCUUCAUAUUCGGCAUCUUCCUCAUCCUAUGUCGGAGGCCUAUCACCGGGUUUAUCAUUGAGUUUUGCGGAAUUAUGGCGCUUUUUGGCGACUUUUUCUCAGUUAUAAUAUCGUUUUUGCGGUCGUUGCCGUUUAUAGGCCCUGUUCUAUCCUCGCCUUUCAUCGCACCUACCAUCGAUCGUCUCGCCGGAAUCCGAAUCCUCCCCGUCUAA